CACCAUGGCGCAAACGCAACAGCAUUUCCUGGUCCUUGGAUUUCCUGUGCAAAGCCACCUGAACCCUACUCUUCAGUUCUCCAAGCGACUUAUUGGCAUGGGAGCGCGAGUGACUCUGCUCAUCACCGUCUCCAUGUACCGCCGUAUCAUCCAGAAGCCCAUCAUCGACGGCCUCACAAUAGCCAGCUACUCCGACGGCUACGACGACGGUUUCACCGACUCAACCAGCAACGCUAAAGUAGAUCUCUACCUCUCUGAGUUCAAGCGUCUCGGAAAACAAGCUCUCACCAAUCUCGUGGCCUCCAAAUCGAACGAAGGCCACCCUUUCGCUGCGGUAAUAUACAGCCUAUACCUUUCUUGGGCGGCGGAGGUGGCGCGUUCUCUUCACGUUCCGUCGGCAUUCCUGUGGGUUCAACCGGCAACCGUGCUGGACAUAUACUAUUACUACCUGAGGGGUUACACCGACUACAUUGACGGCGAAAGUAAAGAUCCUGAAGGUGAAAUUAAAUUGCCGGGAUUGCCGCUGAUGAAGACGAAGGACCUUCCCUCGUUCUUACUACCUUCAAAUAUUUACUCUUUUGCCAUACCGUUGAUGGACGAGCACUUCCGUGAACUCGACCUGGAAGUGAAGCCAAGGGUCCUCGUGAAUAGCUUCGAAGCAUUGGAAUCAGAGGCAAUCAGAGCCGUCAGUAAGAUGAACAUGAUCCCUGUCGGGCCGUUGAUUCCUUCCGCUUUCUUAGGCGGGAAGGACCCGAGCGACACGUCGUUUGGGCUCGACAUCUUUUCUCGUUCAAGUGGUUAUGCUGAGUGGCUGGACUCGCAGCCAGAGCGUUCGGUGGUUUAUGUGUCGUUUGGAAGCCUUUCGUCGUUGCCUGAGAGACAGAUGAGGGAAAUCGCGUGUGCUCUUUUAGAUUCUGGAAGGCCCUUCUUGUGGGUCAUUAGAGAUUUUGAAAAGCAGAAGACGAGUGAAGAAGAAGAAGAAGAAGAAGAAGAGUGGGGAUGGAGAAAGGGAUUAGAAGAGAAGGGUAGGAUAGUAAAAUGGUGUAAUCAAGUGGAGGUUCUGUCACAUAGGGCCGUGGGAUGUUUCGUCACACACUGUGGUUGGAAUUCGAGCAUAGAAAGCUUAGUUUCGGGGGUUCCGAUGGUGGCAUUUCCUCUGUGGACGGACCAAAUGACAAAUGCGAAGCUGAUAGAAGAUGUGUGGAAGACAGGUACGAGGGUGAAGGUGAACGAGGAGGGAGUAGCAGAGAGUGACGAAAUUAGGAGGUGUUUGGAUGUGGUAUUGGGGGAGGGAGCGAAAGCAGUGGAAAUGAGAAACGAGGCAGAGAAAUGGAAGGAUUUAGCAAAAGAGGCCGUGAAGGAAGGAGGGUCUUCCCAUCAGAAUCUAAGGGCUUUUCUGAAUGAAUUUGCAGGUUGCUGAGUUAUGUGCUGAUUUUGAGUGCCGUACUGUGUUAGGGACGA